AGACGAACGAGAAAACGAUGUGCCGUUGCUAUAGUAACCGGUCGCUUCUGUCACAUUUAGUUGAUAAGGUGUCGAAACUUCUGACGUCUUUGUUUUUUUACAAAAAUAAGAAAAUGGGGAUUUGAGAGAUGAAUCGUGAAGAUUUUCUUUUCUAAACGCGGCAUUAACAAGAUUUCUGGAAUCGGGAAACGUUGCGAAUUACGAUAACUGACAACUUGACAUUACUAGGCUUAAAGUUUUCGGCUUUAGUUUGAAGUGAAGGAAAUUUAAGUGGAAAAAAUGAAUGAAUAAACUACAAAAUUAAUAGACAAUUUAGAAACUAAAUCACUAUGGCAGACUUUAUAUCAUGUAAAUUCAGAAAAAUCUGUGUUCCAACUAAGCCACUCAAAUGGUAACCAGAGUUUGUCUUAUAACAAAAUCUGUUUUCAUCAGAAAACAAAGUUCAGUUGGCAAAAGAAAUUUUAUUCAGUAUGCUUUUUUGGAUUUAAACAUCAUCUCUUCAGGUUGAUGGAAUGGCAAUAUUAGCUGAUGAAGGCCCCUAAAUAAGGCGGUGCGACAUCUGGACAGACCAUGAGUUCUGUGGAUGAAGUUAACCAUUCUAUAGAAGCCAAGAUGGCGACUCAAUAUGUUACAGAUGAAACAGGGACUUACAUAGCAGCAACUCAAAGGCCCGAUGGCACAUGGCGAAAGGCUAGACGAGUAAGAGAUGGUUAUGUUCCACAGGAUGAAGUUCCAUUAUACGAAAGUAAAGGUAAACAAUGGGCUAAAAAUAAACCCGACUUACCUCCGGGACUCCAUCCUGAUGACGUCGCAAAAGCUCAGGCUGCAAAAAAUGCAGCUGCGAAUAAGAUACCUGGUUUGGUCCAAUCAGAACCCACAUCCAAAUCUGGCAAGAAAAAGAAGAAAAAGAAACAGCAGAAUCAGACCGAAAAUGGAAAAAUGGAGCAGGAAAUUUCGGAGAGACUGAAUUCCGUUCAUUUCACUUCAAGUAACUCGGUUAACAUUGGUGAUAAAAUGGUACAGAAGAAAGGAGUUCAGCCAAUUGCCACUGAUCCUGCAAAGAGGAUAAAAAAUUUAAGGAAGAAACUACGAGAAAUAGAAACGUUAAAACAGAAAUUAGAAUCUGGAGAAUUGAUCAAUCCGGAAAAAGAUCAGCUAGACAAAAUUGCAAGGAAAUCUGAAAUAGAAAUGGAAAUACAAGAAUUAGAACUGGAAUUGGAGAAUAAAUAGUUGUUACAUAUACCUCCCCCUUUUUUCCUUCUCCUGUAAAAUGUUUUCGUGUGUAUGAGUUGGUAUAGUGUUUUUAUGUGUAUGGGUGCUCUAGUGAAGCUAAUUUUUUGUACAAAACUAUUUAAAUCGUCACUUCUGCAACAUAUGAUUUAUAUAUACACAUAAAAAAAGUUUGUGUUCCCCAAUUUUUUUUCUACCACAUGGACCUAAGUUUUGCAUUUGUAUAUUGUUAUACAAACAAUUUUGGACUACACUUUUUCUAUGUUUUAGGAGAAUUUAAAUAUUUACACACUGAAUUUAAAUUUAUUAAUUGCCAUGAAAUUUAUGGUAAUGUCAAUUUUUGCAAGGCAACACCAUAGAUUAGUUUUGCUCUUUGAAGGUUUGCUAUUAAUUUGUUUUUGUUUUUUUCAUUUAUUUGACAAAAGGCAAUUCAAUCACUUUUUGGUUUAACGAUAGACAAUAAUCCAAUGCAUACUUAAGUUUCACGAUAUUGAUGUAAUUAACGAUAGAAUUUAUACAGUUGAAAAUAUGCCAGAAUGAAAUUUGUCAUUUUGUCAAAUUAAUGUAUUUUUAACGAUGUUGCAAAUGAAACAAUUUUUAUUUUUUAGAUUUUUAAAUCCUUUUGACAUUAUGUACUACUUUUUUGAGAUUUCACAACUACAUACUGAUAUAAUUAUGAAAUAUAAUUCAUGUUUUCAAAUUUGUAUGAAAACCCCAACAAGCCAAAUGGUUAAGUCAUAAGAUUAUUUUUUACGUAAAGGUUUUAUUUCUCAAUUGCCGAUUGUGUGGACUUGUCGGCAUUCUUGCAAGUGGUGAUUUGCUGAUUUUUGUGAACUUAAUGGUGCAUUUUUGUAGUUUUGUGUGUAUUCAAAGUAAAUCCAUAUAUUGUUUCAAUUGCUGUGUCGUGAAUGAUGUGCUUAGGUAUUAUUUGAAAACAAAUGUAUAUCCUUUAACAAAAUUUGGUUUUUAAUUUCGUUAUGGAAAGCAUUUGGUGUGGAGCUAUUAAACAAAUCAUGCCGUUUAUUUUCACAUUUUAAUAGCAAGGUGGAUUGCAAGAAGAUAGUGUUAUGACCAGAUAGGUUUUUAAUGUCCCCAUUUAUUAUUUUGAAAACUGCAAUAUUUAAAUAAGAUAAUGAAUUCAGAAAAAAAUGUUAAACAUUUGUGAUAAUUUUUUUUCCCCCUCAAUUACUGAUGUCUAAUGGAAGAGGCUAUGUUCUUGACCAGGGAUGGGCAACCUUUUUCUAUGUAAGGGCCGCAUUUUAAAACUUUUGAACUAAUGCGGGUUGCAUAGAAGAGAAAAGAGGAAAAAAUGCCGGUAAAUCACAAUUAUUUAUUCAUAUAUAAUUAUAAAUUAGCAUAUGUAUACUUAAUUUAGCAUCUGGAACUGAUGUAAACAUAAUAUAUCAGAAAUAUUUGGUUAAA